AUGUCCUCUAUCAAUGCCCACCCCUUCGACCCGCUGCAGCCAAGCGAGGUCCAGCUCGCAGCAGCCAUAAUCCGCGCAGCCCUCCCCAACACCCCCGUCCGCUUCAAGACCAUCGACGUCCAAGAGCCCAUAAAAACCGCCGUCAUCCCACUAAUCGAAGCCGAACGGCGCAAUGAGGGGACCCUCGACAUUCCGCGUCCUGCACGUCUUGUCUUCUCGUACUUUCACCGGCUGGAUACAGGUUCAUUCCUCAAGGCACUCCUGAACCUCACUGAGCGCCGCGUGGUUUCCAUCAAGGAACUCCCGCGCGACGUCCAGGGCCCUGCCGACGUCGACGAGCUAGUUGAAAUGGAGGAGGUCUGCCUCAAGCACCCGGCGGUGGUCGCGGAGAUUGCUAAGAUGAAUCUCCCGGCUGGCAUGUCGGUUUGCACGGACCCGUGGGUCUACGGGACUGAUGACGAGAGAGAGGACCGCAGGUUGUACCAGUGCUAUAUGUACAUCGUGCCUGUGCAUCACCCGCAGAGUAACCACUAUUCCCUGCCCUGUGACUUUUCGCCCGUCUUUGAUGCUGCCACGAAGGAGUUGGUGAGGAUCGAUAAUUUGCCGACUGGCGGUGGGCAUGAGACUCAAGAGACACAGGCCUGGAAGCCAGUCAAGGCUGUGGAGUAUGCGCACGACCUGCUGGACGAGCCGCUACGCAGCGAUCUGAAGCCCUAUAUUGUGCAGCAGCCGCAGGGCCCGUCGUUCCAGGUUGACGGGCACUUGGUGCAGUGGCAGAAGUGGCGCUUCCGGGUUGGAUUCAACGUCCGCGAGGGCCUGGUUCUAUACAAUAUCACCUACGACGGACGCAACGUGUUCUACCGGCUAUCUCUGUCUGAAAUGACGGUGCCCUACGGCGACCCGCGCAAGCCGUACCACCGCAAGCAGGCCUUUGAUGUCGGCGACGUAGGGCUUGGAAUCACCUGCAACCAGCUUGCCCUGGGCUGUGACUGCCUGGGCCAUAUCAAGUACUUUGACGGCUGCCGCACGGAUUCCAAAGGUAACGCCGUGACCCUGAAGAAUGUCAUCUGCCUGCACGAGCAGGACGGUGGGAUCCUGCACAAGCACAGCAAUUAUCGCAACGGCCAUGCAACUGUAGUGCGCAACCGCCAGCUCGUCGUGCAGAUGAUCUGCACCGUCUCGAACUACGAGUACAUCUUCGCCUGGAUCCUCGACCAAGCAGGCGGAAUCGAAUUCGAGGUCCGCGCCACGGGUAUCCUCUCUACAAUGCCCAUCGACAACGACAUCACCGUGCCCUGGUCCACGAACGUCGGACCAGGCGUCACAGCACCAAACCACCAGCACGUCUUCUCGUUGCGCAUCGACCCAGCAAUCGACGGCUUCCACAACACCGCUGUCUACGAAGAAAGCCACCCACUGCCUGCAUCUCUGGGCAUCCCCGACCCCUACGGCGUCGGCUACAUCGCAACAACAACCCCGUUAACAACCGCCGGCCACACCGAAACAGACAUAUCCAAGUCCCGCGUCUUCAAAAUCCGCAACGACAACAUCAUAAACCCCACUACCAAAGCCGCAGUCGCAUACAAGAUCCAGACCCUCCCCACACAGCCGAUGCUCAUGCGCCCCGAGUCGUUUAACCGCCGCCGCGCCCGCUUCGCAGAACACCCCGUCUGGAUCACAAAGUACCGCGACAACGAGCUCUACGCGGCCGGCGAGUUCACGAACCAGAGCAAGUCGUCCACGGACAAUGGCGGGCUGGAGACGUGGGCGGGCAGAGGCGAGAGCGUGGUGGAUGCCGACCUGGUCUUCUGGCAUACAUUUACGCUGACGCAUAACCCGCGGCCGGAGGAUUUCCCGGUUAUGCCUGUGGAGCGAAUCAGUGUGCAUCUGAAGCCGGCAGGGUUUUUUGAGAAGAACCCUGCGCUGGAUGUUCCGCCGGAGAAUAGGGGGUUUAAUGGGUCGAGGGAGGUUGAGACGGGGAAGUCGUGCUGUGUGAAGUUGUAA